AGCAUGCUUUCUCUAAAACUGGGGUAUGUGAAAAGAAGAGGAAAAAAAUGUUGCCUUGAUUAUGCAUUUAAAAUAUUUCAAUAAUUGUAAGGAUAAGUUGAAUAAUGACAUCAUAUGAGAGGUUAUUAUUAUGGUAGGAAAAUUCAACACAUAAAGGUGUCGGAAGAUAUUUUUUCCACCUUUUUUUCCCCUCUCUUUAGUACAAUUUCAAUUGUGGAUUUGUGGUCCAAAUUUUUGGAGUGAGAGUCAGCCAAGGGAAACGAACGGACAAAUUAUGUUAAAAGGAAGUUGAUGUCAUGAUUUUGUAUUAAGUGAUUUAAGGCCACUACACUAUUCUUGUUCCAUCAUCCUUAUUAUUUUUUCUACAUAAAUACCUCUUUCAAUUUGAUAAGUUACAUUAUUUAUGAUUUAUCAUCUCAUAUAGGUAACUUUAAUUUGCCAAUGAAGGUUUGGAGAGGGGUACCAUGAAGAUGCACAUGUGAACACAAAUUUCCAACAAAUCAAAAAGUAGUUAACUGAAAAAUCAAAGCAGUUUCCCGUCGUUGAAGAAGCUUAAAAUUGGUAAGAAAUAAUGGAGAAGGUUGUGAGGUCAUGCGACAAGGAAUACAUGAAGAUGGCCAUGCUCAAACAUGAACAAACUUUCAGAGAACAGGUAUAUGAACUUCACCGUUUAUAUAGAAUUCAAAAGAUACUAAUGAAGAACAUUGAAGUAAGUGAAGGAGGAUGGUACUUCCACAACACCAUUAGUAAUAUAACUUCAAAUGGCCAUAUACAUCAUCAAAAGGGUACAAGUCAAGGAAAGCCACAACUAAUGUUUCCAUUCAAUCUUGAUCAACAACAACAACAACAACCACCACCUGUGUUGGAGGAACACAUUGCAGAAUCAGAAGAUGGGAUUUUAGAUUUUAUCGAAGAGAGUGAGAUUGAGUUAACACUAGGGCCCUCAAGUUAUUACAACAACAACAACCGCAAGGUAAUCAAGAAAGUUAUUGUGACACCAAUAACUUCGGAUUCAGGGCAUAGCUUGUCUUCUUCUUCAACUGGGUCAAGUGAUGUCAACAACAAGACAAGGUUCCAUAAUAAUAAUGGAGUUGUUAUUAGGCAAAAUUUUGAUGCUGUUGAUGAAGAGCGUUUGAGACAAGAGAGUUUGAAGAAACAAGCACCUUGGCUUUUUCAUCAAGUAUUGAAUCUCAAUCUGAAUAUGACUCGGGAAAAGAAACAUAAAUAAAAAUCUAAUAUGUCGCUGUGUGUGAUGAUGUAUAUAAUGUGAGGUAUUUUUAAUUUAAAUUAUUACUUUAUGUGAUUAAUUUUUUUUUUUUCAAAGGGUUUUGAUGCGA